AGGGGGCGGGGCAAGGCUCGGUCACGUGACCCGAAAAGCGUGCUUUGGGUAAACCGAAGCAUGGCCGCGGCCGGCGAGGCCAUCGUGCGUUAGUGCCCCGGCGCGGUUAAUCCGUAAAGAAGCCCAGUGAGUGUUAAUCUGUCCGCGCUGCUGAGCGGCUGCACCCGCGGCUGCAAUGAAGACGUUCUGUGGCCGCGCGAAUCCCACCACAGGCGCGCUGGACUGGGUGGAGGAGAGCGAGGAGUACGACUAUCACCAGGAGAUCGCGAGGUCCUGUUAUGCUGACAUGCUGCAUGACAGAGACAGGAAUGAGAAAUACUACCAGGGUAUCCGAGCGGCGGUCAGCCGGGUGAAAGCUCGAGGGGAGCGGGUCAUCGUUCUGGACAUCGGCACAGGAACAGGCCUUCUGUCCAUGAUGGCUGUUUCCGCUGGAGCAGACUUUUGCUAUGCUGUCGAGGUGUUUAAACCCAUGGCCAGAGCAGCUACCUGCAUUAUAAAGAAAAACGGCUUCUCUGAUAAGAUCAAGGUCAUCAAUAAACACUCCACUGAGGUCACAGUUGGACCAGAUGGAGACAUGCAGGAGAGAGCAAAUAUAUUAGUGACAGAGCUCUUUGAUACGGAGCUGAUCGGAGAGGGAGCGCUACCCAGUUAUGAGCACGCACACUUGCACCUCGUCCAGGUGGGCUGUGAGGCGGUGCCCCACCGCGCCACCGUUUAUGCCCAGUUGGUGGAGUCGGAGCAGCUGUGGAGCUGGGCACAGAUUCGGUCGGUGCAGGUGGAUGAGCGCGCGCUGGUGCCCCCUGCUGCUGUCAGAGAAUGUGCUGGAGCUCACGCUGUCUGCGAUAUCCAGCUCAGCCAGGUCCCCCCGAGCGCUUUCACCCCCAUCAGCCCCCUCUGCAGCAUGUUCAGCGUGGACUUCAGCAGGCCGGUCAGCAGCGCACCCCGCUCGUUUUCCUGCAGGUUUGUGGUGCAGGCGGGUGGGAGAGCUCAGGUGGUUUUGUCCUGGUGGGAUUUGGACAUGGACCCCAGUGGCAGCAUCGUGUGCUCCAUGGCCCCCAGAUGGACAUACUCUGACCCCAGAGAGUAUCCCUGGAGAGAUCACUGGAUGCAGAGUGUGUAUUUCCUCCCUGCCGAGAGGAGAGUGUGUGAAGGAGAGGAGCUGAGCUUAAGUGUCUCCCAUGACGACUACAGUCUCUGGUACAACCUCUCUGAGGGUCACCAAACUGAUGUGGAGCAGAGCUUCUGCCGGCCGUGUUGUACCUGUCAGGCUCACCUGGUGUGGACGCGGCCGCGCUUUGGAGAGCUGAACGACUGGCAGAGAACAGAGAGUUACCUCAGUGCUCUGCGCAGUGUUCUGGGGAAAGAUGGUGUGUGCUUAGUCGUCAGUGAUGGAAGUCUUCUGCCCAUCUUUGCACACCUGCUUGGAGCUAGAAAGGUAUUCAGUUUGGAAAACUCUGGAAUGUCAAAGCGAGUGAUUGAGCAGUUUCUGGAGGCUAAUUCACUGAAGAAUGGGGUCCAACUGCUGGCCAUUCGGGCAGAACAGCUGACAUCCGCAGACUUGGAAGGAGAGCAGAUAUCUGUUCUAAUGGGUGAGCCGUAUUUCAGCACCAGUCUGUUGCCAUGGCACUCGCUGUUUUUCUGGUACUGCCGCACGGCGCUGGCUCGUCUCCUCCGGCCUGGUGCCACCAUCCUGCCCUCCUCCGCCACGCUCUACCUCCUCGGCGUGGAGUUCCAGGAUUUAUGGAGAAUCCGAGCCCCCUGUGGUACCUGUGAAGGAUUUGAUGUCAGCCCCAUGGACGAGAUGGUGCAGCAAUCUCUGGAUUUCCGGGAGUCUCGCGAGGCAGAGCCACAUCAUCUAUGGGAGUACCCGUGUCGUGCCCUGAGCAAAGCACACCCAGUUAUGACCUUUGACUUCCAACAGUGUGUUCCUGAGCAGCCAAUAAACAGUCAGGGAACUUUACCUCUUAUUGGGAGAGGGCGCUGUCAUGGGUUUGCUUUGUGGAUGGAGUACAACCUGACAGAUGACAUCACCAUCAGCAUGGGCCUGACCAAACCUGUCAACGAGGAGGGGGAGUGCGUGUGGAGUCCACACCGAAAGCAGGGAGUUUAUUUCUUACAGACUCCCUGGGAAAGUUCAGGAGACGGUCAUACAGCCGUUUCGUACAAUUUAACCUUUGACCCAAGCAUUGGUGAUGUUAAGAUGGACUUUUCUGUCACUCAGCCGUGACCAACAGACCUUUCAGUGUAGCAGUGCACUGGUUUUACUGUUAGCUCUUCUUCCUGCUUCUGUAGUACUGAGAUAAAUAAUUCCGAAAGGUUUUUUUACGCUUCCGUGUGAAUAGUUUGAUGAAUGUGUUUGGACUUCAUAUGCUUUGUAUUGAGACCAAUGGGAUCAAUUAAAUGGUUUUGAAUAUUUAGAAAA